UCCUAGUAACAUAUUUGAAAGAGCGUAACUCCAAAAGUUGGUCAUAUGCCAAUUUUCUGAUCCUAAACCGCGCUUUUCUUAUCGAUUUACCACCAUAUAGUAGUAAAUGGAAUACCCUCAAUAGCAUAUGGACUAGACGAUUUAUGCAGGAAGUGAAGGAACUUUCAGAGGAUACUGUGAAGGAAAUUACUGUGUCAAGUCUCUACAUGUCCCAAGUGAUGCCGAUGCCCGAAAAAAUGAAGGGCUAUUGGGAAAAAAUUAUCCUUGAACGAAAGGAGUGGUCAGUAAAACGUACACACCUCUCUGGUAGUCUUGAUCUGCUAGAUGAUGCUGGGAAGCAUAAUAUUCAGAAAUUACGCUCUCAAGGGUUUAAUGAAGAGAAAGUGAGAUCACUAGAAAGUUCGAGAAAGAAACCGGUGAAUUAUUAUGAAAGCCAGACAGAAAUGGAUUCUUCUGGUUCAGAAUAUCAAGAAAGUCAAAAUGGGAAAUCCACCGAUAUUGACGAUGACAGGAUUUCAGAUGAACAAAUGGCCCAUUUCGAUCGCAUUUUCCGUGACCUAAACCCAGAAAAGAUGUGGACCCUUAAAUCUGGUCGUAUUGUUGAGAAAAUAAUUUACGAAUACGCAAGAACUUUGAAAUACGAGUCCUAUUUACACUCCUUCAUAAUCAGCGAUAUUGACGAAAAAGCAAAGUCAUUAUUUCGAAAUGAAGAGUGGGAAGAUAUAUUUUCCUCAAACUGCAAAAAAAUGCCAAAAAUCGACAAAUCAGUUAUUGAGCUUCUGAAAAAUAUUCAGGAACACUUUGACUUAAAUUAUGUGAACCUUGUAUAUCGUAUAAAUAAUCCCAUCUUCUUGAGUAGAGAAGGAAGUAUCGUGUGA